UCUUCUUUCCCCAAAUCGACACAACCCUCACUCCACAGAGAUUAUUUUCCCUCUUUUUUUCCCUUUCCUGCUGCCCAGCUGCUGUAGGGAUCCCCCAAAGCGGCCAGGCUCCUCGGCAGAGCAGGCCAAGCCCCAGCAGCACGUGAGCCAUCGCGGCGAGUCAAGGCGGGGAGAUGCCGGACGCCGCUGCCCACCUGCCCUUCUACUACGGCAGCAUCGCGCGCUCGGAGGCCGAGGAGCACCUGAAGCUGGCGGGGAUGGCGGACGGGCUGUUCCUGCUGCGGCAGUGCCUGCGCAGCCUGGGCGGCUACGUGCUGUCCAUGGUGUGCGACCUGCAGUUCUACCACUACCCCAUCGAGCGCCAGCUCAACGGCACCUACGCCAUCCUGGGGGGCAAGGCGCACUGCGGCCCCGAGGAGCUCUGCGAGUUCUACUCCAAGGAUGCCGACGGGCUCUGCUGCCCCCUGCGCAAGCCCUGCAACCGCCCCAGCGGGGUGGAGCCCCAGCCCGGCGUCUUCGACAGCAUGAGGGACAACAUGGUGCGGGAGUACGUGCGGCAGACCUGGAAACUGGAGGGGGAUGCCCUGGAACAGGCCAUCAUCAGCCAGGCUCCCCAGGUGGAGAAGCUCGUGGCCACCACAGCCCACGAGAGGAUGUCCUGGUACCACGGCAAUAUCAGCCGGGAGGAAGCGGAACGGAGGCUCUACUCAGGGGCACAACCUGAUGGGAAAUUCCUGCUGAGAGAAAAGAAGGAGAACCAUGUCUACGCCCUGUCCCUGGUCUAUGGCAAGACCGUGUAUCACUACAGGGUGGAUCACGAUAAAUCUGGGAAAUAUUCCAUUCCUGAGGGCACCAAGUUCGACACGCUCUGGCAGUUGGUGGAGUAUUUAAAACUCAAACCAGACGGGCUGAUUUUCUACCUGAGGGAAGCCUGCCCCAACCCCAACAUGCCAGCCUCUGCAGCACCAGUCCCACCCACCCACCCCUCCGUGAGCAGAAACCUGGGCCCUCUCAAUGCUGACGGAUACACACCAGACCCUGUAGGGGCAGGAAAAUCCCGCCCGCUGCCCAUGGACACCAGCGUCUACGAGAGCCCCUACAGCGACCCCGAGGAGCUGAAGGACAAGAAGCUGUUCCUGAAGAGGGACCACCUGAUGAUUGAUGAGGUGGAGCUGGGGGCAGGAAACUUUGGCUGCGUCAAGAAGGGAGUUUACAAAAUGAGGAAGAAGCAGAUCGACGUGGCCAUCAAGAUGCUGAAGAGCAACAACGAGAAGACGGUGAAGGAUGAGAUGAUGAAGGAAGCGCAGAUCAUGCACCAGCUGGACAACCCCUACAUCGUGCGCAUGAUCGGGGUGUGCGAGGCCGAGUCGCUGAUGCUCGUGAUGGAGAUGGCAUCUGGAGGGCCCCUCGACAGGUUCUUGGCUUCCAAGAAGGACGAGAUCACAAUGAGCAACAUCGUGGAGCUGAUGCACCAGGUAUCCAUGGGGAUGAAGUACCUGGAGGAAAAGAACUUUGUCCACAGGGACCUGGCAGCCAGGAAUGUCCUGCUGGUCAACCAGCACUACGCCAAGAUCAGUGACUUUGGGCUCUCCAAGGCUCUGGGAGCCGAUGACAGCUACUACAAGGCCAGGACAGCAGGGAAGUGGCCCUUGAAGUGGUACGCCCCAGAGUGCAUCCUCUUCCACAAGUUCUCCAGCAAAAGCGACGUCUGGAGCUACGGUGUGACCAUGUGGGAGGCCUUCAGCUUCGGGCAGAAACCCUACAAGAAAAUUAAGGGCCCCGAGGUGAUCAACCUCAUAAAGCAGGGCAAGCGCAUGGACUGUCCCCAGGAGUGCCCUGCAGAGAUGUACGCCCUGAUGCAGCAGUGCUGGACAUACAGAUGGGAAGAACGUCCAGGAUUUGUGGCUGUGGAAAACAUGAUCCGCUCCUACUACUACAGCAUUGCUGCCAAGCCCGAAAACGGGCCAGGCACAGGGGACAAGGCCAAAGCAGCUCUCCCUUGAGAUUCCUUCUCCGUGCCUCCACCUGCCCUGCAUGGAGCUGGAAGGGUUCCUUGUGAAGUUUUGCUUUAAUCUCUCAAAUGCUCCUCAGCAGCUGCGGAACUGAGGACACAGGGGACAUUGGUGUCCCCACAGACAGGGACACCCAGCUGUGCCUCCCAGCUCCACCAGCCUGACCCAGCCCAGGAGUACAGACAGUGUCAGAGCUCCUUCCCACCCAAUUCCAAAGCUGUCCCAGAGCUUUGUGCCUCUCAGGCUCACUGAGGAUGAACUGUGUUGGCUCCAGAAAAUCUGGAUUUUCCCAAGUCCCUUAACAAACAAUGCUUUCCCAGGAAACAACCAAGUGCACGUUUCUGGUGGGGUUUGCAGAGGGUGGGACCCGGCACAGGGAGCCACCGAGUCCUUUUCCCCUUGGAUUAGGGCAGGGAGCAGCUGGUUUGCAGCUGGGAUGGGGAGGAACAGUGGGACAGAGCUGGUUUGCCCCCCUGCACCCUGGCCAGCACAGAGCAGGUGUCACCCAGCCCUCCAAGGUGGCUCCCAAACAAUCCCAGGACCAAUCCCUCAGCUCCUGGAUCCCACCUGGCCCCUGU